GCACUGUCAAAUCGCUGUUUGAAGGGGUGGGGGUCUCACUCUUUCCCCGCGUAGAUACUGUUGGUGUGUGGACAGUGUUGUGAAUUUACAGCAAAGCGCUCGUAUUUUCUUUUUCAUUACAUAUUACUAUCCGCGAAUGACACUGACCUGUAUGUACUGUCUGGUUGUAUUACUGACUGUGUGAUGGCGGGGGUAAUCAGGAGGCUUGACGAGAUUGUCGUAAAUCGAAUUGCUGCUGGAGAGGUUAUCCAGCGGCCUGCAAAUGCCAUCAAAGAGAUGAUAGAAAAUUGUCUAGAUGCCAAAUCAACCAGUAUUCAAGUGACAGUUAAGGAUGGUGGACUGAAGCUAAUUCAGAUCCAGGACAACGGCACAGGUAUCCGGAAAGAAGACAUGGAAAUAGUUUGCGAGCGAUUCACCACCAGUAAACUGCAGAAAUUUGAAGAUCUCUCAGCCAUAUCUACGUACGGAUUUAGAGGGGAGGCACUUGCCAGUGUAAGCCAUGUGGCCCAUGUUACUAUUACAACUAAAACAGCUGAUGGAACUUGUGCAUACAGAGCUAGUUAUUGUGACGGGAAACUAAAGGCACCUCCGAAACCAUGUGCUGGAAACCAAGGCACGCAGAUUUCUGUUGAAGAUCUCUUUUACAAUGUGUCGACGAGGAGGAAAGCACUGAAAAGCGCCAGUGAAGAAUACUCUAAAAUAGUAGAGGUAGUCAGCAGAUAUGCUAUACACAACUCUGGUAAAAGCUUUGCUGUGAAAAAGCACGGGGAAACAGUUGCAGAUGUUAGAACAUUACCAAAUGCUUCAACAGUGGACAACAUCCGAGCAAUCUUUGGAAAUGCUGUUUGCAGGGAGUUAAUUGAAGUGGGUUGUGAAGAUCCAAGUCUGGCUUUUAACGUGAAAGGCUACGUCUCAAACGCAAACUACUCUGUGAAGAAGUGUAUCUUCUUGCUUUUCAUUAACCAUCGUUUGGUUGAAUCCAGUGCUCUGAAGAAAGCCAUAGAAACUGUUUAUGCAGCUUACCUCCCAAAAAACAUGCAUCCCUUCUUGUAUCUUAGCCUGGAGAUUGCCCCUCACAACAUUGACGUGAACGUACACCCCACUAAACACGAAGUGCAUUUCCUGCAUGAGGACAGCAUCGUAGAGAGUGUGCAGAAGCAUAUUGAGAGUAAACUGCUGGGGUCCAACUCCUCCCGCACAUACUUCACCCAGACUUUGCUGCCUGGCCCUGCUGUCUCUUCUGGUGAUGUCCUAAAGCCAGCCUCCUCCAGCGCAGCUGCAGGUGCCAGCGACAGAGUGUACGCUCACCAGAUGGUGCGCACGGAUUUCCGGGCUCAAAAGCUGGACGCAUUUCUACAGCCGGCAAAUAAGACACAAACAGAACCCUCAGAGCAGGCAGUGUCUGAGUGCUGCUCAUCCAGGCAGCCAGAGCAGCGUGAUGUCGAUAUGCAAGAGCUGAACGACGCAGACUUGUUAGCUGGCAUAUCCGGGGAUCUGGAUAUUGAGGACUUCAUGGGCGACGUGAAAGAAACAGGAGACUCCGAAAACUCCUCUUUAGUGAACCCUCCUCCUCGGAAGCGGCACAGGAUAGAUUCCGAUGUGGAAAUGAAGGAUGACGAGAGGGCUGGUGCCAUGACUGCUGCGUCUGUGCCGAAAAGGCGUAUUAUCAAGCUAACCAGCGUCAAGGAGCUGAGGUGUGAAAUCAGCGAACAGGCACAUAAAGGCCUCCAGGAGAUGCUGCAGAAUCACUCUUACGUGGGCUGUGUUAAUCCUCAGUGGGCACUGAUACAGCACCAGACCAAACUCUACCUUCUGAACACCACCAAGCUCAGCCAAGCGCUGUUUUACCAGAUCCUGAUAUAUGACUUUGGCAAUUUUGGAGUCCUAAGGCUAUCUACACCUGCUCCCUUGUAUGAUCUGGCAAUGUUGGCACUGGAGAGCCCUGAAAGUGGCUGGACUGAGGAGGAUGGGCCUCAAGAGGGGCUGGCACAGUAUAUUGUUGAGUUUCUCAAGAAAAAGUCAGAAAUGCUACUUGAUUAUUUUUCAAUGGAAAUUGAUGAGGAUGGGAACCUUGCUGGAUUACCUUUGCUGUUAGACAAUUACAUCCCUGCUUUGGAGGGACUGCCCAUGUUCAUCUUGCGGCUAGCCACAGAGGUUAACUGGGAUGAUGAAAAGGAGUGUUUUGAAUCUUUCAGCCGGGAAUGUAGCAUGUUUUACUCCAUCAGAAAACAGUACAUUUUGGAGGACCCAGCUCUACUUGAACAGCAGACUGAAGAGCUUGGGUCAAGUGGGACAUCGUGGAAGUGGACCGUUGAGCAUGUCGUUUUUAAAGCCUUCAGAACACUUCUUGCUCCUCCUAAACAAUUUACAGAAGAUGGGAGUAUUCUACAAAUUGCUAACUUGCCAGAUCUUUACAAAGUCUUUGAGAGGUGCUGAUUUUGGUGCCUAAAGCCAUGUCAGUUUUGAUGGUGUGUAUAUCUUACAUACAUAUAUAUUGUGAAAAAGUAGAUCACUAUGCCUAACAUUCACUGUACAUACAUAUAAAAUAUAAAUUGUAUGUUUGUGUAAUAUACACACACAGGUCCCUGCAGGUAUCUCCAGAUUCUGAUAUUCAACUCGUGGUAAAGAUUGUUUUAUCAUAAUUGGAAAAACAGUGAUCUAGUUAAAGAGAGUAAACAUAUAAGUUUAACAUGCAUAUGUAGGUAAAGGCAGAUGGACAGGCAUCUCCUUUAAAACCAUUUUAUGAUCAGUUGUGCCAGGGUUAAUCACAAUUGGAUAACUUGUUCUCUAGCAAGUGUGAGUGUCUUCAGGGUGUCUAUGAAUCCCUAACGGGGGCCAUAGUUCUUAUACAAAAUUAGUGAUUUUUUUAAAAUUUUUUACUCAAUGUAGUUUAAACAUAUUCCCUUGUAUUAAACAGUGUACAUAGUUUAAGUAUUAACAAUAAACUAUGUAUUUCAAGAGUGUACUACUUUAUUUAAGCCAUUUAAUUGGAACUUGUUUUUUUUAUUAAUAAAAGGGCCGGUUAACAGGCUGACACUGAGUCAGAUCUAAAUUUAAAUAUUGUGGACAUCCAAUGACCACUGCAACAACUAUCUUUAUUCAUAGCAAUUCUAUUGGCGUUCGUUCAAAAGUGAUCUAUGCUACUAUGAGUCAGCCCUCACAAAUUUCCAUUACAGUACUUGCUAAAGAUGGCACAUUGAAUAAAAGUACACAUUCAUAGCUGUUCUCAUUUUGGAGCUGUUUUUCUAAUAUAGCCCAGUUCUAGUACCAACCUUUAAACCUUUAUUUAAAAAGAAAAUAAUAAUUUAAAACUAUCCCAGCUCAAGUACCCCUUUACAAUUGCUCCACUGAA